UGCGGCAUCACCUCCUCCAAGACCGUCCUCGUCUUCCUCAACCUCAUCUUCUGGGCAGCAGCAGGUAUCCUGUGCUACGUGGGAGCCUAUGUGUUCAUCACCUAUGAUGACUAUGAUCACUUCUUUGAAGAUGUCUACACACUAAUCCCAGCUGUUAUUAUCAUAGCUGUGGGAACUCUCCUUUUUAUUAUUGGACUUAUUGGCUGCUGUGCUACAAUCCGAGAAAGUCGCUGUGGACUUGCUACAUUCGUGAUCAUCUUGCUCUUGGUUUUUAUCACUGAAGUUGUCGUGGUGGUCCUUGGAUACAUUUACAGAGCAAAGGUGGAGGAUGAAGUUGAUCACAGCAUUCGGAAAGUGUACAACGGCUACAACGGGACGAACCCUGACGCAGCCAGUCGGGCUCUUUAUCUGUGUGUUUUUCAGCUGCGCUGCUGUGGGAUCCAUAACUACUCAGAUUGGGAGAACACUGUCUGGUUCAAGCAAACUAAAAACAACAGUGUGCCCCUCAGCUGUUGCAAAGCAGCUCUCAGCAACUGCACUGGCAGCUUGACCCGCCCCAUGGACCUGUAUUCGGAGGGGUGUGAGGCACUGGUUGUAAAGAAGCUUCAAGAGAUCAUGAUGUAUGUCAUCUGGGCAGCACUUGCAUUUGCUGCUAUUCAGCUUCUGGGCAUGUUGUGUGCCUGUAUAGUUCUAUGUAGGAGGAGUCGGGAUCCUGCCUACGAGCUGCUCAUCACUGGUGGAACCUAUGCCUAGAAGAGAAUUCAAACAUGCAGUUCAAUCUUAUCUCACUCCUGUGGAAGGUGAAUGGGCCAGGUUUACUUGCAUAGCUUUCUUGCCCUAAGCUUAGUCCCAGCACACCUUUCACAGGUGAGGACAGCAGUACUGUACACUGGUGAUGGGCGAAACAACUCAGCUUUACACACCCCCAUAUAAUGACCUGUGACUUUCACUGUUUUAGCCAGCUAUUCAUGUAUCUAAAUGUCUUAGUCUACUAAUAAACUUUCUAAUUUCAGAACCAUUUGCAAGUCAAGUGUAAUUUGGUUGAUAUGAAAGUCAAAGGAUGUGUGCCUACUUUGGUAGAUUACCUCUAAGCAUUACUGGCUGAUUCUUGCAUAUAGAGAGAGGAUGUCUUAAACCUUCACAACAUGGAACUUUCUUGGCCAAAGCUGUACAAAGGAAGCCAGCUGUAUUGAAUCUGAGAAGAAACAAGGUUUGAAUCUUGCCCCUCACCAGUGUCACUUUUUAUGAAAAUAAACACUGAAGUCCAGAACACUUUCUAUAUAAAAUAAAUUGUAAAAAAAACCAACACCUAACUCAUUUUAGAAUUGUGACUGCAGUUUUGACCUUCGGAGAUCCAGUCUUUCAAACAUUAGUGGUUUAAAAUACAAGCUGGCUUUUCAGGAGUAUAAUGUAUGCACUACUGUUCUAUAAUGAAAUAUUUCCUUUUUCUAUGAAGAGAAGUUUGAUGUGUCGAGUGAACUGUUAGACUGUAGACCUUGAAUUGGUUUGGAAACGAUGUAGCCAUGUAGAGUAGCAAAGUAAUAUGUGAAAGUGAUCUCAACUGUAAAUAGUAAACCCGAUUAAAUAAAUCUCUGUAUAUCCUCCCUAUAAA